AUUCAAGUCCUUAGAACUGUUUUAAUUGUUGCGAUUACAUUAAACCAAAGUAUGCGAAUUUAUUUAGGUAAUUGCAUUUGAUCGAUACAGCCGGGACACACUGCUUGCAGAAGCAGUUUACUCAUUAAAGGAUGCAGAUUUACUACAGAAAGACUUGGUGAAGGUAGAAUUAAAAUUAGGAAGUCGGGGCGAAGUAAGCGAUCAGGAUCGUGGCCAGGUAUUACUAUCACUAUGUUAUCAGCCAAGCACUCACCGAAUGACAAUGGUUUUGAUCAAAGCAAAAGGUUUACCAAAAUUGGAUAUUACUGGAAUGGCAGAUCCUUAUAUCAAAAUUUACUUGCUAUACAAAGGGCAACGGAUUUCCAAGAGAAAAAGUCACGUGAAGAAACGUACACUCUCACCAGUGUACAAUGAAUCAUAUGUUUUCGAGUUGCCAUGCACUGAUGAGGAUGACUUGAAUAAUGUUGAAUUUGAAAUUUAUGCCAUGGAUUGGGAUCGUUUAACAAAAAAUGAGGUUAUGGGCAAAUGUAAAAUUGGUCCUGAUGAUGAACACUGGCUUCAAGUACGAAAUCAUCCACGACGCCAAAUUGCCGAAUGGCAUCAACUGUCUUUAUAA